AUCAUGAAUCUUCAGUCAGCGCUUUAAGAAAAAUGCAGAAGAGCAAAAUAAACAGUUGUAGAAAAGUUAUUUUAGAAGAUGUAAAUAUACCAUACAAUUUUUCAAUAGAUAGAAAUAAAAAUCAGCUAUUCUUUUGCAUAAAUGCGGAUGAACUUUGCGAUCAAUCCUUUCAGUUGGCAGUUGUAGAUUUAGAUACUGCAUCUCCAUGGAUCAUACCAAGCAUUCGAAACGGUUUUGCAAGUGCAGUAGACAACAAUACAAGCACAGUUUAUCUGGCUGGUAGUGAUGGAAUUUAUAGGUACAACGACCAUCUUAAAGACAUAGAAAAAACAGCAAUCAUAGAAAAUAUAGAUAUUUUUGAUAUGAAGUUUAAUGAACUGUUGUAUUUUAUCGAUACGGCAAAUCUAAAUUUGUAUGUUUUGAAAAACGGUAAAAAAGUUCGCAUUACAGUUAUAGAAGAGUAUGGCAUACAACACUUUACCUUUGCUGGUGAUCAUGUUAUAUUUUCAAAUUCAAAUGGGUUAUAUUAUUUGGAUAAAAAUAAUAGUAAAAACAGUCCCGUUUGGUUUACAAACAUUGUCAAUAACAUCCGAGGACUGGUUACCGAUGUGAAGGGAGUGCCACACAUUGUAGCUCAGAAUGGAAUUUAUUAUAUUGAUCUUAAAACUAUGAACGUGAACAAAGUGAUGUCGUUACAAGACGGCUUCGCAUUGGAUUUUGAUAAGUUCAACAAUAUGGUCUAUAGUGAUGGACGAUCUGUACAAAAAUUAAUCAAGUAAAAAUCUAUGCAAGUAUCUCUCAGUCACUUCUUAUUCAUAUUACCUAAUUUCUGUUGUAGGAUGUUUGUUAUCUAGCCAUAAACAUUUUAUGACAUACAAACGAAUAAUUUAUGCUGCAAUAUCUCCCUUGCCUCCAAGAAUGUAAGAAUUUAAAGGCGAUAAAAAUGUUUCUGUCUUCUAUCACUGACAUUAAAUGCUGAGUUGUUUA